CUUCUAUUCAAGCAAAGACUUCCAAUACUUAAGCUAAGACCAGAAAAACCUGUUUAACAGCGGUGGGACGCUGUAUCACUGUGGCACUAUCAGACCAACAAGACAAGACAAUCUGCCGACCGACCUCAAAUAAUUCAUUCUUACUCUGAGUUACCGCCGUAGUUUACGCCUGUCCUGUCUGUACAGUUAAAGUGAGUCAAAAGCCUUUGGAAAGUUGGAAACACAGAGAACAGUGGGAUGGGGGUGACCACUGGUGACAAGGCAGGCAAAGUGCUCUUCGCCGUGUUUGGAGCUGUUCUGGGAUAUAGCCUGUCUUUGUUGCAAAACUUCGGCACCACCGUCAAUACCCUUCCUGCUAUAGCUAUCAACGACGAUGUGUCGCCUAUUCGCUCGUCCUUAGGCGAUUCUCCCUGGCCUCCAGAGAUACCACAGGAGGAUGGGCCACGGAAAAUACUUCUCGACUGCGGAGCCAAUGUUGCAUCUACCGUACAGUUAUUCAGGGAGACCUACCCCGAUGGAGAGGAUUACAUUAUCCACUCGUUUGAGCUGGACGUGAGACUGGCACCCUACUUUGCGUCCUACUCCAACCACGUCCUGCACUGCCCGGUCGCUGUGGCUGGGGAAGACGGAAAUAUCACGGCCUACGCCGAGUCAGCCUGGAAACCGGACAAGGGAAAAGUCGGUGGAAAAGACAUGCAGUGGGGAGGAGGGGCGAUCUACGCUUCCGAGGCAGAGAAGCAGGACGAAAUCCACGGCCGCCGAUUCGGUGUAAAGAACACCAUACCAAUGGUGGAUCUUUCAACGUGGAUACAAGAAAACACCGCCUUGGAAGAUUACGUCAUCUUCAAACUUGACGUCGAGGGAGCUGAGUACGAAAUUCUGGAGAAGAUGAUCAAAGAAGGGACCUUCAAAUGGAUAGACAAGUUUUAUGGCGAGUUCCACGGCUGGACCCCUGUUCCAGGAUGGUCAGCCCAAAGAAAACAAGAACUCAGGAAUACUAUGAAAACACACGGAAUAGUGAUGUUGGAUUGGGCAGGGGAGCACAAAAGAUAUCAGGACAUGGAAUCCAUUCACAAGAUUGACAUCCCAGAGGGCACCACUGGAUCUGCUGGAGUGGUCUACUCCAACUGUUCCCCUAGUGUUCCCGCUAGGCUUGCCCUCACGGUUCAGGUCGGGAUGAACAGGAAGGCAGCCCACAAGCUGGUGGAGACCAUCCGAGCGCACCCUAGCAACAUGCCGGUCACUCUCUUCGUCUACGGGGACUUCGUGCAGGAGCAUCCGGACCUGAUCACCAAGUGGGCAGACAGAUAUACGAUAGGGAUACGAGAGAAUGCGCCAUUUCCCGCAGACCAUUGGGUCCUACAGAAUGCCAACGUCAUGCGGAUGAGUCUGGUAUCUACCGUACAGCGGAUGCAGGAAGUGGGGCAGAGACCAGCCUAUUACUAUCCGGACGGCCUGUCGGAUCGAGUCAAAGAUACAGCGAAGAACAGAGGACUGAGGAUCAUUCAGCCGACAACCAAGUUUCCGCCAAACCUUGGUACGCUGUUGAGGGAAGACAACUAUUACCGGUACAGAGACGUGGAGAGGACACCCAAGGCGCUCCGUAUCCUCUAUGAGCGCAUCUCGAAAGGAGGGAUCCUCAGUCUGGACAGCGAUCAUCCAGACAGCUACAUGAUAUCCGCCUUUCUCAUGGACUAUCUGUAUGAAAACUCCGGCUUUCAACUGGUCAACGUGAACGACUGUUUGAAGUGAUAGAGUCUUAGUACAAUGCUAAACUUUCUUCCAACUCACAUGUAUCACGGUUCAAAUUUUCAACGACCAUUGUCGCCUUCUUCAGGAUCAAUACUGAUGACCAAUCACUGCAAAACGCAACCUCGCGAGUUACAGGUAAACACGUGAUCUUGCGGACACGUGACGUCAGCAAUUGGUCAUACGUACCGGGAAGUUUAUAACGUCCACCGUCUCUGUUCAGUGAUGGCUGGAGUGCCCUGAUGUGUAUAGCCUGAUCUAUAGGGGUCGUUGAAAAGUUGAUCCGUGUACUAUACCUUUGUGUAAUAAACUUUAUCAUUGUAAUAUAAUGAUUACUAUCAACACAGAUGAGCUUCCAUGAUAAGUGAUAGAGGUUCUUGUUUGAAAUAUUCAAUCAGUGCAAUUGCACGUUUCUGUAGACUACACAUGCACUGUAAGUUGUAACGUUUGAAUAUAUUUGAAUGUUGAAGAUCACCUCAUCUCAGUUGUUUCAGUGGUAUCAUCUAUCGAAGUAUACUUGUAAUGUUGGUGCAGGGUAAGAAGUCAAUCCCUCCUUAGUUACUUAGUAGUAGAUUUUCAUAACAAAAAAUCUAUUAUUGCCUUCGCCAAGAAGGUUAUAUCUUAAGUCUGAAAUUAAUUCGUUUUCACUUGGAGUUUUCCAAGGGCAAGAGAGUAAGCAAAACUGACUAAGGAGCAUCAGAAAGUAAAGUAAAAUGACAUAAAAUUCCAAUAGAUAUACUCUAGCAUUUCAAUACAACAUGACUAUGAGAACUGUUGUCAUUAAAAACUCCGACAGACACGUGCACAUGGCCCCAGGAAGCAUUUUCAAGUAUGUGAAAUUACACUUUUUUUUAGAGAAGCAUGAUAGUAUGAGUUGUCUUUGUGUUAACCUCUUUCAUGUUGAAAACAGUCAUCAAUUAAAAUAAUCGCUUGUUUGUCAAGAG